CCAGUCUCAUAACCCAAUAACCAACCCCUGUACUGGGGUUUCAAGUUUUAACACACACUGUUUUCUUCCUUUUUCAUACCUUAAAACCCAAUUAAAAAAAUGUGGCGAUUAUCAGCAAGAAAAUUUCAAUCAAAUGCAAUCAAAGGAUUCUCAAAUGAUUUCCCAUUAUUAAAAAAGGUACACCCCAUUUUACAAUCUUAUUAUAAUAAUAAUAAUACUAAUGCUCAUUUUCAAGAUUUGAUUUUUAUCCCACAAACAAGCCCUGUUAGAUUAUAUAGUUCCAGCUCUACUGAUUCAGCUGUUAGUCAUGUGAUUGUUAAUGAAAAUGAUAGCUUUAAUAUUGGGGAAAUGUGGAAAAUCGGAAUCGAAGAGGCUAACGAUGUGUUCGAAACCCAUGUUUCCGAUUCCGAAACCAAAGGUUUUGAGGCAGUGGUUGGUAAUGAGGUUGAUGGGCAUGAUUUAGAUAAGGUAGUAUCUCUUUUGAACGGUAAGUUUGAGGUCGGUAAUAGGUCGUUAGAAUCGAGUCUUGAUGAUAUGAAUUUGGAUUUGAGUGAAGAGUUUGUAAUGAAGGUUUUGGAAAGUGAGGGUAUUCCGGGUGAGAAUUUGGUCGGGUUUUUUAAAUGGGUAACUAAGGACGCAGAGGCAUCUGGUGUUAGUAGUAAGACGCUUGAUGCGCUUGUGAGGGUGGUUUGUGGUGAGUUGAAGAAGAAAGUUUCGUAUAGUUUGUGGGAUUUGGUUAAGGAGAUUGGUGAGAAACAGGAGAAAGGUGUUGUGACAACCGAAAUGCUUAAUUCGUUGAUAUCUUUGUUUUCGAGAUUGGGUAAAGGGAUGGCUGGGUAUGAGGUGUUUAACAAGUUUGGAGAUUUUGCGUGUGUUAUGAAUGCAGAUACGUAUUAUUUUACUAUUGAAGCUCUUUGUAGGCGGUCUAUUUUUGACCGUGUUGGUUUGGUUUGUGAGAAGAUGAUUAGUGAAGAAAUAUUACCGGAGGCGGGAAAAGUUGGGAAUGUAAUUUAUUCUUUAUGUAAAGGUGGGAUGGUGAAAGACGCUCAUUCGGUUUAUUUGUUGGCAAAGGAGAAAGGACGUUACCCGUCCCAGUUGUCUGUUAAUUUUUUGAUUAGUUCUUUAUGUGACCGGAAGAAGAAUGAUGCUGAUUUUGUUCACUUAGCGUUGAAGAUGUUGGAUGAUUUUUCUGAAGAUAAACGAAAAUAUGCAAUCAAGCAGUUUUCCUGUGUUGUUCAAGCAUUGUGCAGGGUUAGUGAUACCGAGGGUGCAAAAGCUUUGUUGUCCAAAAUGAUUCAUGUCGGUCCUCCUCCUGGAAAUGCAGUCUUUAAUACGAUUAUCAAUGGCCUUUCUAAGUCGGGAGACAUGAAAGGAGCUAUUAACAUAACGAGGAUGAUGGAAGAUAGGGGACUCAAGCCUGAUGUGUUUGCUUAUAGUGUAAUUAUGAGUGGGUACACAAAGGGCGGUGAAAUGGAAGAAGCUGCCAAAAUCUUGGCCGAGGCGAAAAAGAACCACUGCAAGCUGACCCCCGUGACUUUUCAUACAAUGAUUCGCGGGUAUUGCAAGCUUGAACAAUUCGGAAAGGCUGUGAAGUUGUUGGGAGAGAUGGAAAAGUAUGGCGUUCAACCUAAUGCCGAUGAAUACAAUAAGUUGAUUCAGUCUCUUUGCUUAAAGGCGGCUGAUUGGUCAAUGGCAGAGAAGCUAAUGGAGAACAUGACAAGAAAAGGUUUACAUCUGAAUGGGAUCACAAAAUCACUUAUAAGAGCUGUGAAGGAAUUGGAAAAUGAGGCUAUGGUAACCAAAGAAGCAAGCGUUGAAGCAUAAACUUCAGUGUGUUUUGGUAGUAACCUAUAUGUACCAUGAAGAAGGCCAUCAACAGCCAGAGCUGGAUCACCGACAUCUAGAUGAUUCAUUUAAUCAGUGACAACAAACUCAUGAGCUCCAGCUAAAUAAGGCUGCCAUUUUCUGUAGGUGGCAAAAUACGAGUAGCUUCUAAAUACUGUUUUCGAAGAGGUAGUGUGUCACAUCUAAGCACAUGCUACACCUACAAAUGUCUUCUCAUUUAUAACAAGACUACAAUAAGCUUAUCGACCUGAUUAAAUUGCAAGGUUUUCUUUUCGGAAAGCUUCCAGAUUAAACUACUCCGUAGUAUUUUUCUCACAUUGCCAGCAUUAUGAAAGAAAUUAAUUUGUGUUCACAAAAUCUGAAUGAUCAAGCUUUCGUA